AUGGCUUACAACUUUGUCGACACUCCGCGCACCGACAUGGCCGACCUGACGCGCUUCGAUGCCGAUGCUCUGUCUNUUUCCAUGGAGCAACCCUUUCCCUCGCCCUCCAAGGAUCCCAAGAAUGACCUCGUCCGCCAGAUGAAGGCCCGGCAAGGCGCUGCACAGUCUAUCAAAACUCCACGCGCUCGAAACAAUCUAGUCAAUGCCAGGAACGGUCCCUCCAAGAACGAAUUCACUCCCCUACUGAAGAGUGCCGCACACAACCGCUUCCGAUCAAGAGAGAACAAGGAGAAUCACAACGAUUUGCUCAACAGCGUCUUGAGUGGCCGCGCUCCUGCUACGCCUGCUUAUCUCAAGCCUGGUUACGUCGAGUCUCACACCCCAGGACUGCCUGUCAACAGCAGUAUCAUGGAGCACGAUCACACUGGUAGCUCUCAGGGUGAGGGAACACCCGUUCCACCGGCCAUUGCAAGCAGCAGCAUCAUGUCUACGCCCAUGCCCAUGCUGCCUCAAAGAGAUGGUGGCUUGGUAGAUCAAGGCAACGUCCUCACACUGCGCGAACAAGAAGCUGUGAGUUCCACCUUUGCCGAUAUUGUCUGGCGAUCAAUGCUGAUCCUCACUUUCAUAGNNAAACUCGAUGCCGUGACGAAAGAAAACUUCAACCUGAAACUCAAGAUUCAUUUCCUGGACGAGAACCUGAAGCGCACCGGAACAGAGUAUCAGCAAGAAGUCAUCAAACAGAACACCGAGCUGAAGACCGACAACACCCAACUCUCCCACGAGCUCAAAAAGCAGAGAAAGGCCAUCGAGCGCGCCGAAGCCGAAUUAGAGCAAUACCGCCAACAGCUUCGCGAUUACGCCGAGAAGAUCAAAAGGAAGCACACGGAUGACAUAGUCAAGGAAGAGAUGGAGCGUUUGCGCCAACAAGCCGAGAAGAAUCAGAACCUGGCAGACGAGCGAGAGGAGCAGAUCAACGAGCUACAGCACAGACUCAACAACGCCGGAAACUCCUCGAACGAGAAGGUCAAAGAUCUUGAGGAUGAUAUGGCCGAUCUUGAAGCUGAAAUUCGGGCAAAAGAGAUUGAUCUGGACACAAAGGACGAGCAGAUUGAGAAACUCCAAAAGAAACUCAAGGAAGCACAGUCUGACGAUGGUGAAGCCGAGGGUUUGCGUGAAGACAUUGCCGACCUUGGAAGCCGAAGUACGCGCCAAAGAACAGGAAGUCGACUCGAAGAACGACGAAAUCGAAUCUCUGAAACAAAAGCUCAAGGAAGUCCAGACCGAUGA